AUGGGUGAAAACAGUGCUGCUGACUUAUACAUGGAGAACAGCAGUGCAUGUCGCAUGGCUUACGAAGAGCUUCGGAGGAUUCCGCCAGUGAAUCGGCAUAUCCUUUCCAUCCAGAGUCACGUUGUGCACGGUUAUGUUGGAAAUAAAUGCAGCGUCUUUCCCCUGCAGGUUUAUUUUUCCUUCCUUGACGAGGUUUUUUUUUCUUUUUUGCUGAAAAUCGCCAUUUUGAAUAAAUAA